AGUAGUGCCUCUCGUCGUCUCCGCGUCCGCUCCCCAUUUCAAAUUCCCCCAUCUCGGCUUCCCCCUCCCCCUCCUCCUCCCCCUCCAUCUCCACCGCCGCCGCCGCCGCCGCGCUCAGAUCCCGACCGCCGCAAGUCGCCCGUCCCACCGCCCGCGAUGCUCUCCGACUGCGGCGACGAAGACCACGGCGGCAGCUCCGCCCCCGCGGGGUUCGAGCUCCAGGAGGACCCCUCCUUCUGGAAGGACAACAACGUGCAGGUUGUGAUCCGUGUGCGGCCGCUGAGCAGCGGGGAGAUAUCGGUGCAGGGGCAGAAGAGGUGCGUCAGGCAGGAUAGCUGCCAGAGCAUCACCUGGACGGGCCACCCGGAGUCUCGGUUCACGUUCGAUCUCGUCGCGGACGAGCAUGUCACGCAGGAGAAUCUGUUCAAGGUUGCUGGGGUGCCCAUGGUGGACAACUGUAUGGCUGGCUAUAACAGCUGCAUGUUUGCUUAUGGUCAGACUGGCAGUGGCAAAACACACACGAUGCUUGGUGAUAUAGAAAAUGGCACACGAAGAAACAAUGUUAAUUGUGGCAUGACACCUCGGGUGUUUGAACAUCUCUUUUUAAGAAUUCAGAAGGAAAAGGAAAUAAGAAGAGAAGAAAAACUCAGGUUUACUUGCAAAUGCUCAUUUUUGGAGAUAUACAAUGAACAGAUUCUGGAUUUGCUCAACCCGAAUUCAGCAAAUUUGCAGAUAAGAGAGGAUGCCAGAAAAGGUGUCCAUGUUGAGAACUUGACAGAACAUGAAGUUUCGAAUGCUCGAGAAGCAAUGCAACAGCUUGUUGAGGGGGCAGCAAACAGAAAGGUGGCUGCCACCAAUAUGAAUCGAGCAAGCAGCCGUUCUCAUAGUGUUUUCACUUGUCUUAUCGAGAGUAAGUGGGAGUCUCAAGGUAUCAACCAUCAUCGAUUUUCUCGGCUUAACCUAGUUGACCUUGCGGGCUCAGAAAGACAAAAGAGCUCAGGUGCUGAAGGGGAACGCUUGAAAGAAGCUACCAAUAUCAACAAGUCACUCUCCACUUUGGGACUUGUUAUUACAAAUCUUAUUGCUGUAUCAAACAAAAAGUCACAUCAUGUGCCCUACCGAGAUUCAAAAUUGACAUUUCUCCUUCAGGAUUCACUUGGAGGGAAUUCAAAGACAACUAUAAUUGCAAACAUAAGCCCAUCAAGCUGUUGCGCGGCUGAGACACUCAGCACAUUGAAGUUUGCGCAACGGGCCAAAUACAUAAGAAACAAUGCUAUUAUAAAUGAAGAUGCCUCUGGUGAUGUUUUGAGCAUGCGUAUACAGAUCCAGCAACUUAAGAAAGAGGUCAGUCGCCUGCAAGGGCUAGCCAAUUCUGACAAAUCAGAAUGUACUAGUUCCAGUGGGUUUAUCUGUGAGUCUCCCAGCACAAUCAAGUGGAAUCAGGGUCAAGGCUCCUUCAGUCCACUUAUGUUUGAUAAAAGGGUUAUGCAGCGGAAAGAUUAUGAUGCUGCGCUUGUCGCUGCUUUUAGGAGGGAGCAGGAAAGUGAAGCAAAGUUGAAGGCAGCGAUUGCUGCGAAACUUGUUGCUGAACAGCUGGCAACUCAAAGAGCAGAAGAGGUGAGAAGCUUCAAGAUGAGGCUCCGUUUUCGUGAAGAUCGAAUAAAAAGAUUGGAGCAACUUGCAUCAGGGAAGUUAUCUGCUGAAGCACAUCUGUUGCAAGAAAAGGAAGACCUUGUGAAGGAAGUAGAUGCUCUACGAAGCUUACUGGACCGCAAUCCAGAAGUCACAAGGUUUGCUAUGGAAAACUUACAAUUGAAGGAAGAUCUUCGAAGGUUGCAAACAUUUGUUGAUGAAGGAGAACGUGAAAUGAUGCAUGAGCAGAUAAUUGUUCUACAAGAUAAGCUACUGGAAGCGCUUGAUUGGAAACUUAUGCACGAGAAGGAUCCUAUUAACAAGGACCUCUCAUUAUUUGAGGAAUCGACAGCUGAUGAGGAAAUGGAGUUUCUCCGUUUGCAGGCUAUUCAAAAUGAGAGAGAAAUUGAGUCGCUGCGUAAAAAUUUGAGCUUCUGCCUUGAAUCAAAAGAGAAACUUGAGAGGCGUGUUGAUGAGUUGACAGUAGAGUUGGAGACAGCAAAGAAAUGUCAUGAUGUAAAUCAAGAAUCUCUGGCUGUGGACCUCCAAGUUCAAACUGAGGCAGAUUUGCAUGAUAUGCCUGAUGCUCAGACAGAACUUAAGACUUUGGUUGAUGCCAUAGCUACAGCAAGUCAAAGAGAAGCAGAAGCUCAUGAAACUGCAAUUGGGUUGGCCAAAGAGAAUGAGGAAUUAAGAACACGGCUUACAGUUCUGAUUGAGGAUAACAAGAGAUUAGUUGAGCUCUAUGAACAUGCUGUCGCCAAUGUUGAGGUGAAUCAAGAAGGAGGGCGUCCUGCCAUUCCUCAAAUUGAAGGUGUGCAUGAGCAGCCAAGUAGCCAUCCUUCUUAUGAAGGGGGUGCUUUGAAUGGAGGACUGCCAGAUGACCAGCCAGAGAGUGUAACAUUUUUGCCUGCAGACAACUCAUCCAGUGAGGUACUAAACUCCAAGAUAUUGGAUGGAGAGUGCAGUCACAAGGAGAAAUUUUCAAGUACUAAAUUGAGAGAUUUGCAACUUCAACUGAACGAGAUGCAUGAGGAAAAUGAUAAGCUUAUGGGAUUAUAUGAGGAAGCUAUGCAGGAAAGAGAUGAAUUCAAAAGGAAAUUGUUUGAGGUUAGCAAUUCUGUAACUACAGUAGAUACUCAAUAUGAAGAUGUCCAAAUGCAUGAUGCAACAGAUGCUGAAGAUCUAGAAGUAAAAAAUGUAAACGACUCUGCAAUAUCAACAUUUAAAGAAAUCCUGCAACUUGUUCGAGGCAAGCUGGAGAAUGUCCAAGACAAGCUUGUGACAACCCAGGAUGCAGUAGAGUAUUUUAAACUGCUUGAAAUGGCUAGCGCUAAGGCAGAAGAACUUUCUGCAAGCAUUCAGUACCGUUGCCUAGAACUGAAGCACAACCAGGAAGUCAUCAAUGCCCUUAAAUCUGAACUGUCACAAUCACAGGAGAGCAAAGAAGCUUUGGAAGGCAAGUUUUUCUCACCUGUAGCAUCAUGUUGGAACUUGGAUUUGAAAAACAAAGCCCUUGUUGGGUCCAAGUUUGAUUUCAGCUUGGAAUUAAUGAAUCAAAAAAAGGUACAACUGAGUCAUCUCCAAACUCUCAAAAAAGAUUUGUCUGUUGCACGUACAAAAGCACAUGAAUCUGAAACUGCGUUGAGAAGCAAAAUCGAUGGCCUUAAACUAAAACUCCGCUCUUUCGAAGCUCAGAGAAAGGAGGCAGAAAGGGUCCUUUUUGCUAUCGAUAAUUUCGACACUUCAACUAAUACAUUGUCGAAACCUGUGAAUUUUGGCAAGGCAUCUGAGCUGCUGAGAUCUGAGGAGGAGCGAACAAAGCUUUUAUCUGAACUCAAGAAGUCCCGUGAACAACUUAUCAUGGUGCAGAAGGAAAUAAAAGGCAUGAACAAACACGAUGAUAUCGAUUGUAAGAUUGCAUGUCUUGAAUCAGAAUUAGACGAUUGCUGCCUCUCCUUACUGGAAGCUGACACCGAGAAGUUUGUGCGUGAAAAUAUGUUGAGAGAGAUUUGGAAGGAAGGGCAAAAAGGCAUGGAUUAUAUGCUGGUUGACUAUCAAGAUUGUGUUUUUAAAGUCAAUUUGAAGGAGGAGGAGAUCGGAAUAUGUGAGGUGCCCUUGCAGUCUCAAACAAGGUCGUUGGAUGAAAUGAAUUCGAAGCUAACUCAAGCUAUGCGGGAUCUGGGCGAGCUUCUGCGAGACAGAACCUCUUGUGACUUGGAUUCAUCCAUGGUGCAUGUUUCAGAUAAGGUUAAAGGGGACCUUGAUGCAAUCGGGCUUUACGUUGCUGAAGCUAAGGAGGUUCUGCUUCUCCACAAUGACAACCAAACCAAUCUGUGAGCCUGCCCAACAAGAACCAGGUUCCUUCACUGAUAUAAUAACUGACAGGUUAGUCUGUCCAAGCUUCAUCUCUACACUUCCUUCGUUGCACCUUGCACCACCACAUUUGGGAUCAGGGGUAGCUUUCUGUCAAUUCGCUUCUACAUUAUGGAAGAAGUCCUGAACCAGAAUGUGUUCAAAACUGUUUUGUGCGACCACCUAACUCUGGUGGUUGUGCCAAGCCACCAUCAGGCCCUUAUGUAAGCUAUGUAUUUCUUUUAGUUUGCACUUGUUGGUGCAAUUCAGCUAAUGAUUCAGCAAGGUUUUGAAUUCCAAAGGAGGUGCUUUGACCUUGUCUUUCUAGUUCCCUAGAUUUAUAUUUAUAUUUUAUACUUCAAUGAUGAGCAUAGGUGCGGAGGUGCCUGCGUCAGCGAAGGAUGCUGCGCUCUAGUUCGCAGAAAUUUGGGGUCUCAACCUUUGUAAUUUUUAGCCUUUUAAAUAAAUUAAAACAGUUCUAGAGUACGUGUAAAAAAAGUUGGACUAUGCGCCAGUUUGCAUCUCGAGGACUCAGGCAGUCAUGCUGACUGCU